AUGACUUUGAGUAAUUGCGACUCUUUGGAUAACUUAUUCCAGGACCCUCCAGAGGAAGAAGAAAGUAGUAAAUUCGUUGAGGCGGUCAGAACUUUGAUGAAUAGAAACGAUAUGGGAUAUCCUCCCGCCGCUGCAAAUGGUACGUAUUGCUUAAAAAAAAUCAAGUCUUUGAAUGCCAAACAGUGGAAAAUAAACAAGAAAAGAAUGUGCAUGUUGCCAGCAGUAAAGAAGAAAAAUUUCGACUUUCACGAGCAAAGAAGUUUAAUCUUGAAUUUAAAUUUAUGGAAAUUCAUCAAGUUUAUCAAUUGUAGUAGUAAAAACAAUUACAAUAAAAAUAAUAAGCAUGUGAGAAGCUCGAACAACACUGUAAAAAAUGAAAAUGUUUUACCGUUACAAAAACACAAGAAAGUGGACAAUGAUCAAAGAUUGGAGAACCUUUUUUGGAGAAGCUGGUUUAAGGCACGCAAAAGGAGAGAUAUAAUGGGCAAGCCACGAGAGAGGCAUAUCAAAUUUAACGAUAACGUUGAACAGUGUAUUAUAACUGAUGAGCAUUUCAUACAAAGGCUUCCUUCUACACGGUUGAAUUCGACUGAUGAACAGCGCCCUUGUUCAAAGUCUGAACUAGAUCCCUGUAUUGGCAACGCAGCAAGUAAGCGAAGUUUCUAUGAUUAUAACAGCGUUUACGUCGCGAGUGACGCAAUUAUUACGACUGCCGCUGCCACUGCCAUUAUCAGUAGUAAUAGUGGAGACUAUCAGCGUGGGCACGAUGUUCGCGAUGUUCCAAGAAAUGUUUUGUUACAGGCAGGAGAAACAGAUUUCAGUAGUGUGCUUCGGGUUGACUCCGAUCUCAAGUUAUCCAACAUAAGUCAUCAUUCCCCCGUAAAACCUUCGUCAACUUCAAGUCAUUCGACCUUCAUUUUCGAGUCGGAAACUGACACUGAUACUGAUACUGACGCUGAAACAGAAAAUGACAUUGACGCUUACAUAGACACCAGUAUACCCAACCUGCUCCUAUAA